CCCACAUCUCACGUCCAUCCUGAUCCACGGGCAAAUCCUGCAAUACCGGUAAUGUCCACAGUGGCAGGACGCUCGUCAGGGGCACGCGAGUAUUCGAGCGUGCGGCUCACAGGUUGCAGCAAGAGGCGAAAGAGAAGAAAAGAUGCACGCCAAUCAGAGCGCCCACGCCGCGGGUAUCUUAGUGACCCCCUUUUCCUCCAUGUAGCCCGUACAGUAUCGAGGCGGAGAUAGCGCAUGGGCCUGGAUGCUCGCACCUGCACCCCGUCGCUGGACCCGCUAAGCACGCUCGACUCGCCUUGGCACAGCCUGUUCGACCCUGGAACUAUAAUUUCACCACUACGCCCCGGCGCAUCUGUCAACCGCCCCCCGUCCACGUCACCGCAUAUCUGCCAUUGCUGCUGCUCGCCCGCCGAGUACAUGUUAAACUACGCACGCCAGACACUGAAAAGAGUUCCAAGUUUUCAAGAGCUCUUGCAGGGAACCAUGGGAUCCGCCAAGGAAGAAAUUUCUGUCGACGUGCUCGUCAUCGGCGCCGGCCCGACUGGCCUCGGUGCCGCGAAGCGUCUGAACCAGAUUGACGGCCCCUCAUGGUUGAUCGUGGACUCAAACGAGACUCCCGGUGGCCUGGCCUCCACCGACGUCACCCCAGAAGGCUUCCUCUACGAUGUCGGCGGCCAUGUCAUCUUCUCCCACUACAAGUAUUUCGACGACUGCAUUGACGAGGCGCUUCCUAGCGAGGAUGAUUGGUACACGCACCAGCGUAUCUCCUACGUACGCUGCAAGGGCCUCUGGGUCCCAUACCCGUUCCAGAACAACAUCUCGAUGCUGCCAAAGGAGGACCAGGCGAAGUGCCUCGACGGCAUGAUUGACGCUGCCCUAGAGAGCCGCGUGGCCAACACCAAGCCCAAGGACUUCGACGAGUUUAUCCUGAGGACUAUGGGUGUCGGCGUGGCUGACCUCUUCAUGAGGCCGUACAACUACAAAGUGUGGGCUGUCCCCACCACCAAGAUGCAAUGCGCAUGGCUCGGCGAGCGUGUGGCCGCCCCAGACGUCAAGAAAGUCAUGUACAACGUCAUUCACAACAAGACCGCAGGCGGCUGGGGUCCGAACGCAACCUUCCGCUUCCCUGCUCGCGACGGCACCGGCGGCAUUUGGAUCGCUGUCGCAAAAACCCUUCCUAAGUCCAAGACGCGGUUCGGCGACUACGGCGCCGUAACCAAGGUGGAUGCGGAUGGCAAGCGGGUCACACUUAAGGACGGAACUGUUGUGAACUACAAGAAGCUCGUCAACACCAUGGCGGUGGACAGCCUUGUCCGGAUCAUGGGCGACAAGGAGCUGACCGACCUCAGCAAGGGUCUCUUCUACUCGAGCACACAUGUCGUGGGUGUAGGCAUCCGCGGCGAGCGACCCGAGCGCAUUGGCGACAAGUGCUGGCUGUACUUCCCCGAGGAUAGCUGCCCCUUCUAUCGCGCCACCAUUUUCUCCAACUACUCGCCCUUCAAUCAGCCACAGAAGGACGUGAAGCUGGUGACACAGCAGAUGGCCGAUGGCUCGAAGCCGAGCUCGAGCUCGCCCAAGGAAGGCCCAUACUGGUCAAUCAUGCUGGAGAUUUCCGAGUCCAGCAUGAAGCCCGUGGACGUGAAGAACCUCCUGAAGGACUCGAUCCAGGGUCUCAUCAACACCGAGAUGCUCAAGCCUACUGACGAGAUCGUCUCAACGUACCACCGCUGCUUCGAUCACGGAUACCCCACACCUUCCCUGGAGCGCGAGGGUGUGCUGACGAAGCUUCUCCCGGCUCUGCAAGACAAGGAUAUCUGGUCGCGCGGACGUUUCGGCUCGUGGCGUUACGAGGUCGGCAACCAGGACCACUCCUUCAUGUUGGGUGUCGAGGCCGUCGACAACAUUGUCAACGGCGCGGUUGAGCUUACUCUCAACUACCCCGAUUUUGUCAACAGCCGCCGCAACACGGAGCGCCGUCUCGAAGACGGCGCCCAGCUCUUCGCCAAGAGCAAGAAGUCGGUUGAGUAAACGUACAUAACGCGGUGCACGUUGGAAUGUUAUAUGGGAUGCGGAAACGAUCUUCUGGAAUACCACGAAAGAGCAGCAAUGUAAUGGUCAAGAUGGGUGCAUUGGGGUUCCGGAGCACAGGAUGGAGUUUGUGCGGGUCUUCACUCGCGCAUGAAAGCAUUCUUGAUAGAUAGACUACGUUUUCGCCAGACAUGCCUCGAUCCAAGAUCCAGGAAUGUACAGGCGAUGUUUCUAUACAGAAGCUAGCUUUGGGCCGGCGGCAUGUAUAUGCCUCCUUUUGCCUACCAAUAGACAUAGAUCUGCCCUUCUGAA